GCCAACGGUUUUUCGGCCAGUAGGGAAAGUGCUUUGAGCUUUUUUUAAUAGAAGGCUUCUAUCGGUUGACGCCUUCCUAGCGCAGGUGCUCCCCACCCUUCCUUCUUUCAACCUCUGAUCUUCCUUUCAUUCGUCUGCAUUCUCCUUCAGAAAUUUGAAUUCCUCGAAUCGGAGAAUGUAACCGUCGCUCACUGUGCGUGUUUCGGGGCGUGGCAACUGCGCCGCCCGAAAACUGCGCGUUAAGUUUGGGGGGGGGGAGGCUCUUGCGUCACGCAUCGUUUUCCUGAAAAGCGGGGUGAGGAGCGGAGGGGCUCAUCCGGUCGGUAACAGCGGGGUUAUAAAGAGCGUCCAAUGCGCUUACUGGUCCUUUCCUGUCCCAGAUCUUAGCCGAGCAAACCUAGUCUAUGCAGCAGCUGUUAGUGCCAGUACGCAAUUUCUGUUCGCGAGUGAUCACGUCCAAAGUUUAUUGGUUGGUUUUAAGGUGCUGUUACAAGAGUUCAGGAUACAAGCAAGUGAUUUUAUGAGGAUCAGGAAAUGAAACGCAGCGCAGACGGAUCAUCACGCUCAAAGCAUUCUUGCUUUUAUAGGCAGGACGCUUCAUUCUCAUCAUCUUCGACGUCGCAGCUGGAAUUGAUGACUUACCUGGGACUUGUGAAUCCGAAGCCAGUGAAGCCUAAAUUAAAAGAAUGCUUUGUUUCGAUUGAGACCAGCAAGUGCAUGAUUUGCAAACGAUUGUUCAAGUGUAAGACAGACACCAUGAAGCAUAUCGAGAAAAAACAUGCGUAUCUUUUAAGGAAGACGGACAACAAGCUAGUUCGUGUAGUCAUGAAAUUGGGCAAGAAGAAGUUUUAUGACAAGAAAAUUGAUUCAAAAUACUUUGUAGCCCCUGAUCCAGAGUUUACAGAAAUUAAAAAAUCGGAGGAAAUUAAAUCUCCAAAAAGUGAAACGUUUGACCAGAAACCUCUCGAGGUUUCUCCUACACCUGUGCAUAAAACAUUACCGAUGAACAUCAGCAAUGGCUUUAUAGACAAGGGUUCCGUUUCUCUCUUCAGUGCUCUGUGCGACAUGAAGUCCUUGACGGACAACGCUAGUUAUAAAAACGGUCGUAUCUGCAAAGGCGAAGGGCGGGAUUUUGCAAAGAGGGUGGACCUCGAAAAGGAAGAAAGCGUUUUGCUACCGGGUGCUUUUGGAUCCUGCAAUGGCCAAUCUUCUCCAGCAUCAAGCAUGUCUGAUUCAGAAACUAUUCUCUACGUCAGCGACAUUGAAAUGGACUUGGGGGAUGACUACGAAGUUAUCUACACAAACAUUCCAAGGAUAAAAGAAGAGGACGAUGUUGAUGACGGAGAAAUUGUGGUCUUGAAGGAAGUUGUUCGAAACGAUUUUGACUCUGUCCGAAGAAGGCUUAAGGUAGCUAGUGGUGCGGAAGUGGAUUCUGAUUUAGGAGUCAUAAUGCAGGCCAAAGGUCAUGUUAAGCUGGAACCUAAAAUGGAGCCGAUGGAGACUGAACCUUCUGCGCACGCGGCAGUUGCCCCAGUCACGGUUGCGCAAGUGAUGCUGUAUCCAGACAUAAUUGAUCUCGAUGAAGACGUUAUCAGUGAUGCGGAGACGGAAAUUCUGGGCGGAGAUUUAGACGAGAGUCGUGAUGUUGAUGACGACAUUGCAGAUCUUCUUGCAACCCUGGAAGAUGAUGAUACUCAGAGUGCUUUUGACCUGGAAGCCGAGAAGACCCGCGAUCUAGUUCAAACCACUUCCGAAUUGCCAGUAGAGAAAACUUGCGAUCUGGCUCAAAAUAAUUAUGUUUUACCAGCAGAGGAAUCCUUUAAUAUCACCGUCGACGAGGACAGGCCAGCUCCUGCAGUCCAAGAAGAGAUCAUUACUAUUGACGAUGAUGAACCGGUUGAUGUGGAGGAACUAGUUCCGCAGUCCGACCUAACCUCGAAGCUCAAAGAUUGGCUACUGGCAUAUGCAAAGGAAACAGAGCUAGCAAAGCGAAGAAAUGUGUCCGAUGCAAACAAUAACGAAGGUGCUUCCGGAUCCGGUGCGGAUCUUCCAGAAGAAGUUGCGGCUAAGAUGUCGAUUCUGAUGAAUGCACCAAAGUACCAGCGUGCGUGUGAACGAGCUCUCAAAGAACUAGGAAUCAAAAUGGAGGAUUGGAAUUGAGGCUUCAGUUGAUUUUGUGUACGACAGUUUUUGUGAAUUGACGAAUAUUUGACUAUUCGCUCAAUUGGUGACAGUUUAUAUCAGUGGGCUCGUGAUUAUUGAUAUGUUGAAUAUUGUGAUACAGAAUUUUGAUUAUUGAUAUCAGUGCAAGAUAAGUUUUAUGAUUGUGAGAUGAUAGAUUUUUAUUUUAUUGAAGAAACAUCUGUGUAGAAGAUGGCGAGCGGUGUUCGUUUAAGAAGCUUGGAAAGCUUCGCUCAAAAUGGACAGCUAUAGAACAUGCCAAAGCAUUUUUGUAUACUGUGUUUUUUUAUGUGUAUUCCUGCAGGGAUUUUUUUUUGAAAUCCUUUUUAUAUCAAAUUUUUUUCUUUACAUUUAUUCUGAUUUUUAUAAGCUGUGGAACUAGGUUCGUAAUAAACAUAAGUUAUCUCUGUUGAGGUAUAAUGAUAUAUAUGGAUAUUCGUUCAUAUUGAAUGUAUAGGAACUACUACGGUACCUAGAUAGACCUACCAUAAAAUAUAUGUUUUAUGCGGAGGUUAUUUUGCAACACUCACAAUGUCUUCUUCUUGAAGAAGGGGCAUUUUGGAAAAGUUUGAAAUGUAUUUUUUCGUCUACGCCUUUUGUUAAAAAAGCUGUUGACAUUCUUUAAAAACCUUAUAGUUAUUUGGAAAUAGAAAAAAACUCAAAUUCUGGUUUCUCGACACGUUUUGAAAUAAAAAUUAUCCGGAGUUGUGUUUCAAAAAAACAUGCAUGUUUUCUAAAUGUUCACGUAAAACGUACUGAGUGAAUCGAUUUCUUUUU